AUGGGAUCGUGUCGUGAAUGUUCGGAGAGGCACAAUACAUUGUGCCACCGCCCGGUUGCCGACGGAAAGGCUCCAGAGGAAGGCGGCAAGGUCGAGCAGACGGCUUCAGCAGCGAGCGACAAGACGAGCAGCAGCAUAGGCACUCAUCACGUGACGAGAGAUCCAACGAGGAAGCUAGUGCUCAUGGCAACAGCACUGGUUAACGCAACGCAUCCCAACGGAGCCAUCGUGCCACUACAUAUCCUUUUAGACAGCGCUAGCGAGGCGCACUUUAUUACUCAGGCGACUUGUAAUAGAUCCAGAAUUUUACAAACGGGUCCGAUUGACAUGUUAAUCGGGGCAGAAUUCUUUUUCGCCUGGCUAGAAGCGGAAAGACUCGAGCUGGGAGCGAAUCUUCCGGUGCUACAAAACACAAAAUUCGGUUGGAUAGUUGCGGGAUCUUUUGCGCGCGCACCUACAGCGUUAUUGAUAGGUAGGCAAGAUGCGGUUGCGACUUUGACUUGCUCGUUGGAACAUUGCGAGGCAUUUGAUCAGAGUAUUCGAAAGUUCUGGGAGCUUGAGAGCUCAGGAACGAACGGGAUCACACCUCGAUCGGAGGAGGUCUGCGAGAGUGACGAGUUUUUCAAGGAAACGACUACGCGCUCCGAGGAUGGUCGAUUUAUAGUGCGCCUCCCGUUCAACGAGGAUCCAGCGGCGUUAGGCGAGUCCAGGGAGGUUGCAAGGAGGCGAUUGAUGCAACUAGAGCGGCGUUUCAAGAACGACGAAACAUUGCGUACCAGAUACGUUGAGUUUAUGCGAGAUUAUUUAGAUAUGGGACACAUGUCGCCAGUAGUCGAUACAGAGCAAGCACCGGCUUGCCGGGUAACUUAUUUACCCCACCACGGCGUAAUUAAAGAAGCGAGUACGAGUACAAAACUCCGCGCGGUAUUCGAUGCGUCUAGUAAAACUAGCUCAGGGAAGUCACUUAAUGAUAUUCUCCGUGCGGGGCCAGUAAUCCAAGGUAGUUUACUUGAAAUUAUCAUUCGAUUCCGAUUUUACAACGUCGCCUUGACCGGGGACAUUCGAAAAAUGUACCGGCAGGUGCUCGUGCAUCAAGACGACCGAGAUUAUCAGCGUAUACUCUGGAGAUUCGAUGUAGACGAACCCGUUCAGGCUUUUCGUUUAAAUACGGUUACUUAUGGGCAGGCUAGUUCCACUUAUUUAGCGACUAGGUGUAUAUACGAAUUGGCUUUGGAGGCACAGCACAACUUUCCGAUGGCAUCGCGUGCAUUGAUGGAGCAGAUGUAUGUGGACGACAUAUUGACCGGUGCGAGGAAUAUCGAGGAUGCGACGCUGUUGCAGGAACAAAUUGCUAAGGUACUGCUGACCGGAGGAUUCGAGACGCACAAGUGGUGCUCGAUAUGCUCGAGAUGCGUCGAUUCGUUCAAGCUCAAGUGGAAGGAAAUACAGGAAGGGCGUUAG